AUAAGUAAAAGGCGAGCUCCCCUGUAAGGGAGAGAACAGACCUAAACCGAUGAAAGGCGAUUCCCUGAGUAAAGCACUGGAAAUUAAAGGAGCCACCCGGCAAGCUACGCUGAAAGCGGCAGAACUUUUCAGAAACGUCAGUUACAGAGGAAGCAACUUGAACGCGGAGUUCCAGACUUUUUUUUUCCUUUCUUUCUUUCUUUUUUCCCACGCACUGUUUUUGUUUGGUUUUCUCUUUGGCAUCAGCAGCACGCGGUUUCUUCUGAUAACAGUUCUGAUUUUUUUUUUUUUUUACACUUGAACCGCUAGCUUGAAGCUCAGGUAACGAACAUAAAUUUGCCCUAAAAAGAGGAUUUUGUAAAUGACGGCGGAAAUUCAGCAACCUUCAUCCCAGACCCCCGCCCAGAGCAGCCCGAUGUCUACAGCUGCGGAUAAACCUAACAGCCAAACGACCGUCAUGGAGACAGCUUCUUCCACUACGAAAAGCAAGAAAACAAACGCCGGGAUCCGGCGACCCGAAAAGCCUCCUUACUCUUAUAUUGCUCUGAUAGUAAUGGCAAUUCAGAGUUCACCGACUAAAAGGCUGACACUCAGUGAGAUCUACCAAUUUCUUCAAAGUCGCUUUCCAUUUUUCAGAGGUUCCUACCAAGGCUGGAAGAAUUCAGUGCGUCACAAUUUAUCUUUAAACGAAUGCUUUAUUAAGCUCCCCAAAGGUCUUGGUAGACCAGGAAAGGGUCACUACUGGACCAUUGACCCCGCCAGCGAGUUCAUGUUUGAGGAGGGUUCCUUCCGAAGACGGCCGAGGGGCUUUAGGCGAAAAUGCCAAGCGCUCAAACCUAUGUACAGCAUGAUGAACGGACUAGGAUUCAAUCACCUCCCAGACACCUACAACUUCCAGGGUACUGGAGGUGCCCUUACCUGUCCGCCCAACAGCCUGUCUCUAGACAGUGGGAUUGGAAUGAUGAACGGUCACUUGACGAGCAACGUGGAAGGAAUGGGUUUGGGGGGCCACUCUGUGUCACAUUUGUCAGCGAACACUGGGCACUCCUAUAUGGGAAGCUGCACCGGCGCAUCAGCUGGAGACUACACGCAUCAUGACAACUCGGUGCCGGCCUCGCCUCUGCUAACCAGCGGCGGUGUCAUGGAGCCCCACUCAGUGUACUCUAGCUCGGCCUCGGCCUGGGCCCCUUCGGCCUCUUCAGCUCUAAAUAACGGAGCGUCCUACAUCAAACAGCAGUCCCUGUCACCCUGCAACCCCGGGACAAAUCCAUUGCAGCCAAGUCUUUCAACGCACGCGCUUGACCAGUCGUAUCUUCACCAGAACGGCCAUAAUACAGACUUACAAGGUAUCCCGCGGUAUCAUUCACAGUCACCCAACAUGUGCGAUCGAAAAGAAUUUGUCUUCUCUUUCAACGCGAUGACAUCUUCGGCAAUGCAUUCGACUGGCAGUGGCUCUUACUAUCACCAACAAGUGGCAUAUCAGGACAUUAAGCCAUGUGUUAUGUGAUUGUCACAAAGGACACCAAUUAUCAGUGGAAGCCACUAAAAUCCUUUCUUAACGGGAGCAAUUCAUUUAGUACAAAUCUUUUAGAAGUAAUAUCCAAAUAGCAGUGACCGUAAUGUGUGUACAGUACAGGUAAUUACAUUACCUGCGAGAAAAUACUGAAAAUCAGUUGUGUUCGUGUAAAUGCCUUAUCUGAAGAAAGGUUGGCUAAGGAAAAAAGUCCUAAAGAAAGAUUCUGAAAUAAUAUCAUCUACGACAGUUGAAAAAGACCAGCGGGACAGAUCACAGCAAAGAGGACGGACUUGCUCGAGGCAAAAGACACGCAAGACGUGAAAUACCGUGAUGACUGAAUACUGAAGACAAUCAAGUAACUGCGCAUAUUGUGCAACUAGCGACUUUUGAAAUCAAAGCCCGACAAUCAGGAUUUUGGUACUGCACGAUUCUGCUGGCAGAUAAAUUCACAGAUGUACCUGUAUCUGUGCUAAAUAGACUUUACGAACGUGUCGUACUGUUUUUGUGCAUAUAUAUAUAUAUAUAUA